AUGAAGGACGGAGACAUGCAUGAGUGUAUCUUCUAAAGGGUUUCUUCUCACACCUGAAAAUCUGUAACUGGGCUUAUGUCCACCUGUUGGUUUGCUGAUCUAUAGUGAAUACUUAAAUGAACCCUUUCUGUCUGUCCCCUUCGCUCCUCUCUUAUCUACACUCCCCUGUUUUCAUGCCCCAAGCUAUUUCUGUCCCUGUCUGAGUCAGAGACGAAGCUCCCAGCUUUGAAUGACACAAACAGACAGACCAACUCCCAAAUCAGAUUGACUUAGGGUCUAAAACACGCUAAACCCAGCUUUGGGCAAGAAAAUAACAAAAAAUAAAGAAAAAUCUGAAGGAAGCUACCAAGAUGGAAGAAUGUGAAAGCGUGGAGUCUGAGCUGCAGGAGUUUCAGGAUGAAGCUCUAAGCCAGGAUGAUGAUGAUGAAGUGGAAGAGCUGCAUAACAGUCUGCGAGAAGCCAUUCAGGAUCACUCUGUGAAGCCCAAACUCCAGUGCCUCAUGGUGGACCCAUCUUUUUCCAUGGUGACAGUGCAAAGCGAGGACAGCGGUAUUGUUUGGGAGACGGCCUCCAGCCGCUGCUCUACACCCUGGGCGUCUGAGGCUAGCUCCACAUCUGAAGCUUGCAGCAUGGAGGGCUCAGGAGGUGCGGGUAAAAUAACCAUUGUCUUUGAUGAGGACAAAGUAAUCCGCAGGAGGAUGAGGUCUGGGGGAAGAAGCAGCAGGUUAGGGGACCGGCUAAGCCGACCUGGCAGUUCACGGUCCGCCUCCACCUUGGGAGUAGAGAGACCAGAGAUGGCAGAGGUUUCUCUUCCUAACAUCAAAGAGGAGAAAAGGCCAACAGAGGCAGAUUUGGAGGAUAUAAAAUCCAAAGAUCAGCAGUUGUUCAGUUUAAUUUCUGAAGGCUAUGAGAUUCUUAACAUCAGAGUCCCGUCUAAACUUCCUACUGUGGACGAGGAGGAGAGUACAGACCUGCAAGACAAUUUAUCUUAUUUGGACCAGACUCCAAAGAUCAGGUCCAGAAACCACAAUGAUUUGACAAACCACAGGGAGCAACUGGAAGCAGAGCAAACACCGGAUUACCCUGAGUCCUCAGGAGACACUUCCCAGCCACUGGAAAACAAACAGACUAGUUUCAUAGCUGCGGAAACAGAGAGCAUGGGUGACAUCGACUACAUUGAAAAGUUUACCCUUUUGGAUGUGGCAAUACCUGAAGGAGAUGCUCCCCAGCUUCAGAGGGAGGCAGAGAAGCCGCCUGCUAAAGUCCAGACAGAGAAGCAUGAGACUUUAAAGGAGGCACGCGAGGAUGGUGCCUCUGUGUCUGAAGACUCCUUUGUGUUUGUCUCAGAAGCUGAGAUAGUUGGAGAGCACCUGGAUGAGGUCUUCUAUGGGGAAGGUCCUCCCAUUGAAGCACCGAAGCAAAAGGAGGAAGGGGCAGAAAGGAUGAGAUUGAGGCGUGAGAGCCAGCGAUCAAUGAAGGAUGGUGGUCUGGUGUUGUUUGAAAGUGAGGAAACUACACUUACUCCUAUUUUCCUCUCCCCGGGACCUCCCAAGAUUAUUGACCCCAUCCUCUUGGAGGAGCCAACGGCCAUGUCCUUCAUGUACACAGAUCUGUAUGAGGAUGCAGUGGGGGAGAAGAGGAGGAGUGACGAGGAGCACUCAGAGGCAGAAAGUGUGGCUUCUGAGAAAUCCUACAAGAGGCGGUUGUCGGAUUCAGAGGAAGAGGAUGGGUACCUGGAGAAGUUCAGGCUAAAAGAUGAAACGCCAGCAGUAGACGUUCAGACAGAAUCAGUGGAGAAUGAGGCUGGGGGGAGGAUGAUGUGGCCACAGAGCAAGUUUGAAAUGAAUGGCUGCUUAAUCAGAGCAGCACAAGAUGAAGAAGAGGAAGAAAAGAUAAAAAACGAGGAAAUCAAGAUGCAGGAAACGCUUGAAGAGAAACAAAAAGUUUUAAGAGAAACAGAAGAAAAACUUUCAUCAGAGAUGACUCAUGACCAAGGUCCAGGAGAAGUCCCAAAGGAAAGGCAUCGGGAGUCUAAAUCAGUAGAUCACACUGAAAUUAAACUAGAGCAACAAGCAGUGGAGCCAAGAGCAGAAAAAACAGACAAAACUCCCCAGAUAGAAACAUUGGAUGAAACCUCAGAGGGAAGAGAUGAAAUGGUCACUGAGGAAAGUUUCAUUGAAGCAGAGCUGCCAUCUGAAAAAGUGGCAGAAAAUAUGUCUAAGCAUCUUGAAGUGAUGCCAGACAAAACAACAUCAGCUCAACCUGAAAGGAGAGAGGAGCCUCCAGCCUCCACUGAACCCACUCCGGUUACAGAAAGCACUGAAAGGAGUUUCUCUGAGGAAGAAGCACCUGUUAUCAAGGCUGCUGAUGAGAAACAUCCACCUGGAGCAGAAGCUGAAGCAAAAGAACCUGGAAAUGCGACACACGUCCAAACUGAAAACCUCACAGCAUCAAAGGCAUCUUCUACAGUAUCUGUGCAUGAAGACAAAGAAGCAUCCUCUGAAGAUGUGGCCUCUCUCAAAGCGGCUCCUCGCUUGGACUCUGCAGUGCAAGCAGUGGAGAAGGUGAUGGAGGGAGCUGUGAAUGAAAAAGAGAUGCAGACCCAAAUGAAUGCAGAUGUAAAGGAAGCAAUUCAGCUAUAUCCCGAAAGAAAAGAACAUCAAAAGCACCUGAGUGAUGAAUAUUCUGAAGAGUGUAAGGCAGAAGCAGAUCAGAAAUCAGGAGUUAAAACUGACAAUUUAGGGGAAAUAACUCAACCAACAAAAAACAAAGAAAUUGAUUUGGAAUCUAUCAAAAGAAAACAACAGACACAGGAAGAAGAGACAACUGACUGCAAAUCAGACAACCUAAAACAAGCAGCAGAACCAAGAUCUGGAACAGCUGUAGAGGACACUGGGAGCUGUGAGAAAGAUGCAGUGAAUGUUUAUGAGAAGGAACCUUCUGGGGAAAGUAAGGCUGCAGCUGCUGAUCGGGAGGCAGAGCUUAAAACUGAGACUUUAAGAGACAUAACUGAGUCUACCGAGCAUCAGAACUUUAAUUUGGAAUCAACCAACAGAAAACAACAGACACAGGAAUCAGACAACCUAAAACAAGCAGAAGAACCAAGAUCUAGAACUACUGAAGAGGAUGCAGGGACUUGUGAGCAGGAUGUAGUGAACGUUGGUGAUGAAUUAGUCGUCCUAGUUCCUAAAGGACAGGCUGUAGAGAUGGACAUACAGAUUGAUCAGUGGUCUGAGGACAUUAUCAAGGAUGUAGAUUCUUCUCCUCAACCUGGCAUCUCAUCUGAGGUUCAGGUACCUGAGCCUUGGGUAGAAGAAGAACCAGUGAUUGCAGAAAAAGAAGAGGAACCUGCCAGUAAUGAGUUAGACUCUGAGGCUUUAAUAGCUGCACCUGGAGAGAAAGACAACACCAAGGACCAGGAGACUCAUGAGGAUAAACCUGUCUUGUCUCUGCUGAGAAGCUACACCCCUAAGGAAGACUUAUCUGAGCUUCAGGAAGAUGAUGUACCACCAGAAGAAUCUGAACAAAAAAUGGAUAUCAAGGAGAUGGAGGAAGAACCAGAAAUAAACCUUGAUGAGGAUGCGGUGCAGCGUUCAGAUCUACACAGGGAAGAAGUGAAAGAAAUGCUGGCACAGAGUGAGACGGUUAUAGAGGCAAGUGAGGAAACGGUGGAAGACCUUGGAUAUGAAGUGAUUGGCAGUGAAGAAGCAAAAGAUAUGGUUGAAUCUGAGAUCAAGAGAGAAGAAGAUGAUUCUUCCCAUCAGAGGCCUAAGGAGACAGACACAGAAACAGAGAAGGAUGAGCUGGAGGAGGAUUAUGAAAUUAUUGAUGCAGAGGAGCAGAGUCAGGCCCGCUUGGCUGCUGAGCUCCUGGGCAUGGACUGGUUCUGUAUGACCUGUGGGUGUUUGCUGUCAGAGCAGGAUUGCAGGUCUGCUGAGCAUCACAACCACCAGGUCUGCUCCGUGGAAAAGGCCUAUGAGGAUAUCAAGGAGACUCUGGGAGGUUGGAUCUCAGAGCUCCAAGCGAGAUCAGAGAACAUUGAGGACUUGGUGUCUGAGCUGGAGCUGGCCUACAAUUCAGUAGAGGAUCAAUUCACGAAGAGCGAAGCAGCCAUGCAGGCGCAGAACGAUGAGAUGAUGGCUCUGGUGAUGGAGCAGUAUAACACCAUGUCCGUCAGUAUGGAGGAGGAGAAGAAAGCCAAGCUGGAGCAGCUCUACGACAAGAUCGUUUCCUAUCAGGAGAACAUAGACUCAGCCAAAAGCAUUCUGGAGACCUCAGCCAGAGAGGCUGAGACGGAUGCCAGACCACCAGAAGACAUUCAUGCAAGACUCCAAACUGCUCUGGACUCAGCCUUGUCGCUGGAGCUGGGACCCAAGGGACUGCUGGUGUUUGAGGACUACACCAAGGCCAAUUCUGCAAGCUCAAACCUCGCACAGCGCAAAGGAAUUCCAGUGCCCCAAAGGCCCACCCUGCAGCCCCAGGAGCCCGGCUCAGCCUCUAGCACCAGUGUGACAGUUUACUGGAAAGUCAAUCCAGGAGACAUCAUUGACUGCUUUCAGGUCUACUGCAUGGAGGAUCCACAGGGAGCUGUGUCAGAGGAGUACCGUGUGACAGUAAAGGAGAGCUACUGUGUCCUGGAGGACCUAGAGCCUGACAGGAUGUACAAAGUGUGGGUGAUGGCCGUCAACUACACAGGCUGCUCUUUGCCCAGCGAACGACUGCUCUUCAGAACAGCUCCAUCUGGGCCGACGAUCGACGCAGAGCGCUGCAGUGUCAUGUGGGACUCUGCUACGCUGAGGUGGAGCUCAACGAAAGCGGCUCCGGGCCUGAGCUACACUUUGGAGUACUGCCGACAGUAUGACCUGGAGGGAGAGGGACUCAGAUCAAUCUCAGGAAUUAAAGGAUGCGAACAGAAAGUGGUCUUGCAGCCGAAUGAGAACUACCUGUUUUACAUCAAAGCAGUGAAUGAGGCUGGUGCCAAUGAACAGAGUGAGGCUACACUCGUUUCUACAAAAGGGACGAGAUUCCAACUCCUGAAAUCCUCAGCUCACCCCACUCUGACGCUGUCAGAUGAUAACACCACACUGCAGUAUUCCCAGGAUGCUCAAAAUACCAGCCCAUCUGCAAAAAAGGAAUGUCCAUCCAUCCUGGGUGAGUUGCUGCCUUCACGAGGACUCCACUACUGGGAGGCAAUUGUUGUAGAAAGUCCGGCUUACAGGCUUGGAGUAAUGUGCAGUGCAGAUAAUCUCAACGGAUCACUUGGGGAAGACAGCUCCUCAUGGUGCUUGCAGUGUACUCAUGGACCCUCAGGCUGUAGGUAUCUGCUACUGCACAAUGGCGUUCAGACCUCCAUUUUUGUGACUGAGACACCUGAGAGAGUUGGAACCUUGUUGGAUCACCAACUGGGCUGUCUGUCUUUUUACAAUGCCAGUAGUGGCCAGUUGUUGGGUUCCUUCACCCAGCUCUUCAGCCAGCCCUGCUACCCUGCUCUGGCCCUGGAGCUGCCAGGCAGCCUGCAGGUUUGGAUGGUGCCAGAGUUGCCAGAGUUUACAAAGCACAGCAAGCGCUGACAUUUCCUCACUUACUGGGAGGUUCACAAAAAAGAAAACAUAAACAACUGUUGGUUUUGUUUUAUCUGACAUUGUAAUAAAUAAAUCAACCUCAAGAAUAAUGUUAGAAACCUGAUCAUAAAAGUGGGGUUUUAUCAAACUGCUGUUUCUGUGAAAAAAGACUAAAUGUGUUGUUUUUUUUUAUGACAGAAAUCACACCAGGUCACAGAAAUGGUGGCUUAUCCAUGAGGUAUGGCCAAGACACGCCUUCAUAGCCAUUAAAGAUUUUAAAUUAGGUCUCAUCACAAUCAACUAAUAAAAUUAAUGAUUCACAUUCUGAAAAACAAACUGCAAACCACCUUCACCACGCAAAUCGUCCUUCUUGCACAUAUAGAUCAGUGUGUGCAAUACAACAUAAGGCUAGCAGUUGGGGAGAGGCGCACACCUCCAAAUUGCACAUAUAUAGGUUGCUAAGUGACCAACUUUUUCACGAUGUAGUUCAAAUUCAAAAUGUAUUUCUUGUGCCCCUAAUGGGGCAUUAUAUUCAACAGGUGAACAAGGGUGAAGAAAAAGUUCAAUUAUCAGAUCUUAGUGAGUUUAAAAAAAAAUUAUAAUUAUACUAUACGUGGAGCAGAACACGAAAAAAUAAACCUUCAGGAUUGAGAAGCUUGCUGCGAUCAAAUCACACUGAUAAGCAGAAAGCCGAUAGACAUUAUAUAUAUGACCGUAGUUCCCUGUAGCUGCAGUAACUGCAUACAGUUAUUUAAUAACAAUAUCCUUUGUGGUGUGCUAUGUGCAAUAGAAACCAACAUCUACAUGAUUUACGUAAAUGCUGCUGAUAAACCGAUAAAAUUAUCGACCAUUCCUCCUCAGGAGUAAGACUCAGACCUCUGGUGGAGGUGCAGAGACCUCCCUUUAUUAUAGGUUCAUUUAGCAGAUUAGGAUAAAACUUUUGGCAGAUGUCACAACCGUGGUGAAAUAUCACUGUCACAAACAAGAGUUUUCCUUCUCACUGACAUGAUAUUCCCCAAUUUAGCUGUAAUUCAGCAAAUUUAUUGCCUUGGAGAUUCUGGAAACAGUAAGGUGGUCCUAAUCAUUUGUGAGGGUCAUCUGAAAAAAGAACAUAUGAUUGUUACCAAACUGUUUUUUGUUGUUUUUUUUGUAAUAACUGAUCUAUAUUGUGUUUAAAGCUUUGUGCUGUUUUUAAACUACUGUCUUUUUUGUUGCAUAUAUGCUUUAGAAGUCAUCUAAAAUAAAAGGAAGUCAAACUUUUUUUUUUUAUCUUCCUACACAACAAUUAGUUCAUGCCUUUUCUCUUAGUGUGAUGUGGGUUUAUACCUCCAAGAUGACUGUUGCACCUUUUAAACUGUUUCAUACUGUGAAUAAGUUUUUUUUCUUCUUGUAAAUAACAUUUUUAAACAGAAUUUAUCUCUUCUUGGUGUUAUUGUGUGUUACAGACACUGUUGUUUUUGUUAUAUUUUUAAAUAACUUCCUUUUCUGAACAAUUUGAUUAUUUCCAUCUGACAAAGUUUAGUUGUUUUAACAUAUUUUCAUCGCUAGAGGGCCUAUGCACUCCAGCUGCUGUGAUGCUGUCUUUCCUGUACAGUUUUACUGGAAAUGUUCUGCAAAAAAGUAAACAAUAAAAUCAGGCCUUAAUCAUCUCUAAA